AUGCCACCUCUCGCAGACGGAGCGGUAUCUGACUUUGACGACUUCCACGAGACGCCGCCGCAAGCGGAGCCCGACGACGGUUGGUCUGCCUUUGCUCCCAGGCUAAAGGUGAAGAAAGAGAAGAAGGUAAAGAAAGGCUCGAGAAAGGAUGCAGCAAGAGCACCAUCCGCAGAACCUAAGCAUGACGAAGACACACCUUAUGCGAAGUCCGUGACACCUUCGCCGCCAACAAGCCAUGGCGUCCAGCUGGAGGUUCCGCCUGAUCUACCUGUCUUGGAGCCCGAGACUGAGCCAGUGCCGCACAAGAAGUCAAUGAGCAAGCACGCGUUUGUCUGGGACGAGGAUGCGACGCCAGCCGAUGAUGUUGAAGCUGUACCUGAGCUACCGAGUGCACCACCAACGCCAGCAGCAGUGCGCUCCCCGCGGCCGCCUGCCGCCAAGCUAGUUUCUCCCACCGUCUCUCCGCCUUAUCGCCCCGCUAAUCUGUACACUCCAUCAGCACAGUAUGCUCGCACUGUUGGCUAUCAUUCGGGCAGUGCAGCGGAGGAUCCAAUAUCGCAACGACGAGAAUCAUUCCUAUCGCAGCGCCCACCGCGUCCGCACUUCACGGAUCCCCCACCGCCACAUAUGCCGCAAGCUCACUUCUACGGCGUUCCGGAUCUCGGUCUGAACCUUACACAGAAGCCCGAACAAGGCAAGGUUGCUGGGUCUGACGGGUACUGCUGCUGCUUCGACUCGCUUGCUGAAGCCGGAGAUGCCGCCUCGGCUAGGCGAGCGAAGGAUGUCCUGCUGAUUGGCUCUGAUUGUGGUCUGGACGUCUACAGAAUCACUGCUGACAAGAUGGAGAUCGUCGCCCGGCUCGAGGGCCUGAGAGGACAAGUCAUAGACGCGAAAGUGCUGCCGCAUCACGAUGUAUCGGAUCCAUUUCAGCGGUUGCGGCCGCUGGUGGCUGCGAUCGUGCAUGGUCCAGUACCUGGAGCUAGCCCAAGCGAGGAUCUCAAUCGCUCACAGCAAUAUCAGACCACAGUUGAGGUGUAUUCACUGCAGACCCAGGAGCACAUUGCUACGCUGUAUCGAAGCACGAUGGUCAGGAUGGAUGUACCGGUUGUGGGCCAUCUCUCUCUACCACCAAAGCAUGUCGGAGAAUUGAGCUUGACCGUCGCUGGCAGGUUCAUUGUUGUAACCUCUGGAAAGAGUGGCGAGGUUUUCGUGUUUGCGGCUGGUGUUCGGUCCGUGACCACGACGCCCCAGUUUCGUUGCGUAUCCAAGUAUUGGACUGCUUUGCAAAUGCGUCCUCAAGCUUCUCGGCCUUCUACAGGGAAUGACGCCUCUGGCCCAACGGAUGUGGCCUAUGAGCAUACUCGAGUGCCUCUGAUGAGCUUAAGUCGCCGAUGGCUUGCCAUAGUGCCGCCUUACACAUCUGCGGGAACCUCGAUACAAGGGUCAGCUAUUCAGCAAGAUGGCCGUGUACCUGCUUAUGGCGUUAGCACUCAGACAGCGCCUCCACAGCCAAGCAUAACGUGCGAAGUAGCAGGCAUUGACGAAGAAGGCACGCUUAGCUGGCUCUCACGUAAAGCUGCGCAAGGGCUCGUUCAUGCCACGCAGCGAGGCUAUGAGAUGGGGAUGCUAGGCUGGAAAGAGUUGACCCAUCCGUCUCCACCUACAACCCAACAGUCUCACCACCGCACAGUCAGUCACGAUACUGCUCUUUUCCCACCGACAAACGCGCCCAUGGAUGACCCGAAGCGCCUCGUCAAUGAGCCGGCAUUAGUGUCUCUCGUUGACCUCGAAACCCUGCUUCAAGCGGAGGAUCAGGGAGCAAAGCACGCUCCCGCACCUUUUGCGACAUUCGCCCUUGUCAAUGGGUGCAACUACCUGUCGUUUUCGCCCGACGGUUUGCGACUUCUUACAAGCAACCAGAAAGGCGAGGUUGCCGAUGUUUGGGAUCUGGCGCAUGUGGCACAUGCCAGAGCGAAGGCGCAGUCUGACGAUGCUACUGGUGUUGAGGGCGGGCCACAUGUCAAGCUGAUCCAUCGUAUCACACGCAGCAGCCCGUCUGUGACUGUGGACAGUGUGUGGUCGCGUGACAGCGAUCGGCUUGCCGUCCUCACCGCACGCGGUACAGUUCACCUGAACGAGAUACCGCUCACGGCGCCAUCGAAGAAGCGAAAGCGACAUAGUGCGCCGGCUGGACAAUAUCUGCCGAGCAGUGAGCCUGGUCCUGGUCUAGCGCAAGGUGAGGCAUCGCCACCUCCUGUCACUGCCGGCUGGGCAAGCACUUUCCGCUCCUUUACGCAGUCAUUGGGCUCGCAAGUAAAUACAAUCACGACGCAGUAUGCAAUCCCCACCACUCUCGCCGGCUUGCGCGAAACGGCUGCUACAGCAAGAUCAGUGGGGCAGCGAGCCAUCGCGAAAGGGAUCAACCAAGGCUACACCGCUGCUAGAAGCGGCGCUAGUGACAUGUGGCAUGCUGAGGACAAUAAAAUCCGCCUGAAAGGGCUGCAGGAAGGUGGCGCGAAGCCAGGCUGCCUACACUGGGUGCAGGGUCGCAGUGCAACCUCGCUAGCAGUCGCAGCCGGCGGAAGUAUAUACAUAUUCCCGGUGCAGCGGCUGUUCCGGCGCGUCGGCAACAGCAACACACCAUAUCUGAAGAAGGAGAAGCAUCGAGGAGCAUUCCCAUUACCACGAAUAAGCACCAAUCGAGAUGGUGCGAUGGUGAAGAAUGAGACGUGUGCCAAAGAAGGCCCGCACGGUUUCUGGAGCUUGAAGCAAUCGCAAGCGGACGAACAGAGACCAUGCAACCCUGCCGUCAGCGAAGUGACCACUACCGCGAGCGAGAUCGAGACAUCUCCGCCUUAUGUGCCUUUCCACGUCGACCAUCGUGUCAGCAUCUAUGUGUUCGAGGACAGCGGGUACAGCAGCCAAGCGCAGCUUAAUCGCCCAGGCGAGGACGCAAUGUUUGACUUCAAGACGAGAGGGCACGGUUACUUGGAGGACGAAGAAGCGUGGCUCUUUGGCGAAUCGUUGCCGCCUGCAACAAGGGUCAAUGAGCGGUCACGCCAUCUCCUCACGGCCACUGGCAACCGAACGGAAGCCGAUGCUCUAGCUGAUCAAAUGAUCAACAUGUUUGCAUAUGCAUACGUUGGCGAGACGGCACGCUCGAAGCUCGUGAUGAGGGAGAAAGCUCCGGUUCAGAAGGCCAUGAACAGCGACUGA